ACCGCGGAAAGGAUCUACUUCUGUUUCAUGAAAAGAAGGCUUGAUUACAUAAUGAAAAAAGGGGCAUCAUUCUAAAGUUGUGGUUACAAAAAGGAUGAAGAUAAGGAAUUGAUUAAUGAUUGGAUACUUUCGUAAUCUUUCCCUUUUUGUUCCUAUACACAAAAAACCUAUUUGUUAUGCUUACACCAAUUCAAAAUGAUAUAAUCAGCACUUUUCUUUUCUUACUCAUUUCAGUGUUCUGGUAUCGUAAUGCCCGCAACUGUAUCAUCAAGAAGUCCAGAGGCUCUUCUUUCUUUUACUACCAAUACGGCCACCAAUUUAUUGCCAUGUUGCUCAAUAACGAAUAAGAAGAAGACUCUAAGUAGUAAUAGCAGUCAUCACCACAACAAUAAAAAGGCUCUUCCACCCAUUAAUGACUUUAUUGCUACUGUAUUCCAAAGAUCCAACCUAACGCCUUGUGUAUGCUUGGUAUCAUUGAUUUACAUGCAAAGAUUGAGAGCGUUCUUACCGAGGCAUGCUCGUGGUGAAUUAGAUACGCCCUACCGACUUUUUCUAGCUGCAAUUCUCGUCGCAUCCAAAUUUCUAUCAGAAACUGGCACCGAAUUGACCAGCCAAGUGUUGGUGGCUAUGACAGACUAUCUGUAUACGCCAAAGGACAUCAAUUUGAUGGAACGAUCCUUUUUAAGCUUGAUUCAAUAUGAUUUGUAUGUGAACUUGCAAUCCAUUCAGGAAUAUUUGGAUGUUCAUGGAAAAUUAUUGGAAAUGGACCUGAUUAUUGAAGAGGAAGCAGUAGUAGUCUAGAACCUUUUCUCGUUGCUGAAAGCUGUUCAAUUUUCUCACACUCAACCUAUUAAAGGAGAACUAGCCAUCUUCUACACUUCAUUCCCGUUAAUGCAUCUUUAUUACACUCAAUAUACCAUAUACACAUACAAUAUACCCUAACCCUACGCACUUUUGUUUAAAAUGAUAGUCUUGUAUCGUGUCAUUGCAAGCAGUGAGAAUAAACUUUUAUGAUAUACCUCCGAUUUUUUUUUGAUUUUUUUUACUCUUUGGUUUUUUUUUUUUUUUUUUUUU